AUGCAAAUUACCAUUUCAUCAGACGAAUCGUCCAAGGAAUCGCCUUCCCCUCGUCGUUUUGAGCUUGUCAACUCGGACUCGGAGGGAGAUGGCGCUUGCUCGUCGGAAGAUGAGCCCCUCUUCAAGUUCCCGGAUCGCGGUGUACCUGCUGCGCGCAUUUGGUCGACUGAAGACCACAAGCAUUGCUGCGAACCUCCGCCCUACUUCACCUCGAUUGUCCAAGGCGCGAUGCUCCUUGGCUGAGUUACACGUAAUGUGCCUGAAUGAGGUGCACAGCCCCAAUCUGCGUCGAGACGCACCGCCGAGCCCACCGUGAGGGCCGGCGACUUGGCGUAGUAGGUGAUCUUGUAGGACAAUGUGGUCGAUGGCUCCUGCCUCGUUUCUGCUCAUAGGGUGUGCGUCGUGACGCACCCUGACGUCGUCACCAUGCCUGACAUUGCCAUUCCCAACCUCGUGGUCACCUCGCAGUAGAUAACAGCCUUGC